UUUAUAAGAGAAACAAAAAUGCAGUUCUCAAAAGACUACAAUCUAAAUCGAAAUAUUGCAAAGUAUUGCGCUUCAGUUAGGUACUUUAGGUUGUCAUUGUGGUAGAAGGGAAACUGAGCUCUCUUAUCCAGAAUUCCCAAGUCUCAACCAGAGGUUUCCACUCUCUCUUUCUCUCUGUCUGAAACUUACUGAUCAACAGAUAAAAGCGGUCAAGACUAAAGAUGAUGUUAUCAGUAGCAACACAUUCCAAAGUAAACUUGGCUCACUGUGCGUUUUCUUCUCACAAUCUUUUUCCAUCCAAAAAUAUCAUCUUUCCCAAGCCCCGCUCAUAUUCUCCGUCAUUCCAUAUCUCUGCCUUGAACCCCAAAAGAAAUCUUGGCGUUUUUGCUUCCAAAGCUGCCGGUGCCGUAGCUUUUGCGGAAGAAACCUCAGCUGAUGGUUCUGCCCCCUCAGCUCUCCUUCAGAAAGAGGAUGUACAUAAACUCGGGGUGAUGGUGAAGCCAAUGGAGAAACCUAGGAUAGUGUUGAAGUUUAUUUGGAUGGACAAGAACAUUGGAAUUGCGCUGGACCAGGUAAUUCCUGGUCAUGGUACAGUUCCUGUGAGCCCUUAUUAUUUCUGGCCUAGAAAAGAUGCUUGGGAGGAGCUUAAAGUUUUGCUGGAUAGUAAGCCCUGGAUAUCCCAGAAGCAGAUGAUCAUUCUUCUUAACCAGGCCACUGAUAUCAUCAAUUUGUGGCAACAGAGUGGUGGUGAUUUAGCGUAAGCUGUCAUCGAACAAGAUUUAUCUUGCUGCCACUGAAUGUCAUAAUUCUGUUUGUUGUAACUUAUUUCACUUAAAAAGGUUAGUACCUAUUAAAAAAAAUCACUUAAAAUGUUAGUCAAUCGUGUGCAAUUGAUUCUUGUAGAUUUCCUCAAUUCUUUUCAUAUUAUGAAUUGCAAUUUAGACCUUGUAAUUGAUGAUGUUACAGAGUUUUUGUAAUCCCAAGAUGAUUUCUUUUUUCCUA